UGAGAAGACGGCCGACAAGGAGGAUUUCAAUGACAAUUUGCAAGACAAUGGCAUCCUCCGAAUCGACGCUGCCGUGAGUGACACGCCCAAGAAGCGGCACCCUGGCCCUCUCGACCUUUCCUCUACCCGCAAGCCCAUCGCCCAGACCUUCCCCUCCGCCCUGGCUACGGCGCGCAUCAUCGAAGACCUCGGCAGUGUCUCAUAUCCCGAGGGUAUCAGGAGCCCGAAGGUUGAGCUCAACGUGAACGCCAAGCAUGGCAAGUUUAGGUAAGGAACCUCAUACACGGUCAACAGCAUUGCGCUAAUGUUGGCUGCUAGGUACGACCGUGACUUCUUGAUGCAGUUCAUGAAGAUCUGCAAGGACAAGCCGGACAACCUUCUACGCCUCGACGCCAUCGGCCUUGAGCCCUCCGAGCAGGGUGCUGGUGUCCCCAUGAGUCGCGGUGGCUCGCAGAGACGUUCAUCAGCUGCGAUGGGUCCGCCUCCCCCGAACUCCGCGCGCCAGCUGCAGGGUCUUGGUCUGUCGAACUUCAGUGGCCAGGGAGGCAACUUCACCAUGGGAAAGUUCGCGACGCAGAACCUGAAGACGAGUGAGGAACGCUUCAAAGACGCUAGAAUGGGCUCUGCGUCGCAAACGGGCGCCCCUCCUAAUGUCAGUAUGCCGUUCGAAGGACGACCGUCUCCUAUGGUGUGGUUGCCAAGUGAGGCCGGCCCGAGCGCCAUGGGCAGCAAGUCUACCCGGUGCAAGCGUGGUGUCGACUGCGGAGAGCGGGAUAAGGGUGGACCUGGCCCGUCGUACGGUGAUUCCUCCCUCUCGCAGCCUGGCAUGAUAUCCCUCGAGCCGGUCGCACCGCUCGAGCAGUCCGCGAACCGAUGGACGCCCCUGAGCCUUACUGACUCGCCCGAGGUCGUCGAACGCAGGGUUCGCGGGCUUCUCAACAAGCUGACGACGGGGCGCUUCGACUCGAUUUCCGACCAAAUCAUCGCGUGGGCGAACAGGUCGGAGAACCAGCACGAUGGGCGAACAUUGUUCCAGAUCAUGCAACUCGUGGUUGAGUCGGCGACAGACGGGGUGGCAUUGUCGGGGAUGUACGCUCGGUUGUGCCGGAAGAUGAUGAAUCAGAUCAGCCCAAAGGUACAGGACGAGGGUAUAAAGAACGCAGAGGGGAAGCCCAUUGCUGGUGGCCAGCUCUUCCGCAAAUACCUCCUCAAUCGGUGCAAAGAAGACUUUGAGCAUGGUUGGGUUGCGAAGGAGAGCACCGCUGCUACGAAGGCCGCCGAGGACUGGGCUGCCGCCGAGAAGGACGAGUCCGGCGAGGUGGCCUCUUACUCCGACGAGGACUACGCUGCACAGAAAGCAAAACGGCAGGGUCUCGGCCUCGUCAAGUUCAUCGGUGAGCUGUUCAAGCUGCAGAUGCUCACGGAGCGUAUCAUGCAUGAGUGUGUCAAGAAGCUCUUGGGCAACGUCGAGAACCCCGAGGAGGAGGAGAUCGAGAGCUUGUGCAAGCUCCUCACCACCGUCGGCCAGCUGCUUGACACCCCGAAGGCUCGCGCGCAUAUGGAUGUCUACUUCGAGCGCAUGAAGGGGUUGACGAAAAACCCGAAUGUCAACUGGCGUAUGCAAUUCAUGCUUGUCGAUCUCAUUGAGUUGCGUGGGCGCAAAUGGAUACCGCGCAAUCCGGCUACCGCUCCUACCACCAUCGCCGCCGCCCACGCACAAGCUGCGAAGGAGACCGCUGCGAAUGAGAAGGGCUACCAGCGAACACUCAGCAUGUCGCACGGUGGCUCCGAAUCCAAAUACAGCGGAGAGCAGUCGUCAGUCGAUCUCGACAGCUGGGUGACUGGCAAUGUCCCAAGUUCGCGGAUGUCCCCCAAGGCAGGCGAUUUGUCUCACUUCGGCAAGAUCAGCAAGUCGACCUCUAUAACCAUCGGGUCCACGGGCAUGCCAUUCGCGAAGGAACAGACCAAGCGCGACUCCACGUCGUUCUCAGAUUUCAUGGAGAACCCUGAGCUCGGCUUGGAGGCUCUGAUUGUACCUGAGCCGAGUCCGCCGCUAAGCCGCAUGACUAACAUUGACUUCGCUGAGUCUGUUUGUGCGCUGAGGCUCCGCCGGCCUGAGAAUGCGGGAAGAUUUCACUCCUUCCGGGAGACAUACACGAGCCAGCCUGACGAGCCGACAGACUCGACGGCAGUACACGCCUCCACUUCCCGAGCGGAGUACCACCAUGAAGACGAUGCUGCCGUUUCAUGGGCGACGUCACUCAGUCCGUCUUCUGUGUCAACCCUCUCGCCCUCGUCAUCAUCGAGUCUUUGCAGCCCCUUCCAUGAUGUCGACAUGAUGUUCGGAGACAAUGAUGUCUCGACGUCGGGUAACGCGCCGGUCACCGACGAGACACCAUUCAAGCCACAAAGCACGUCAACAUUACUUGCCGCGGCGCCGGCACUAUCGCUUCGCACCUCUGCUUCCACUAUACGACUUCUUCCAGCUGAGGGAGCUAGCUGUGCGGGGUCGCAGUCAACGGAUGCCCUCGUGAAGGACAAGGAUCCUACGUUGUCGCCCCAGGAGACCUCGAGUCCGGACAUAGAAUACGUGGAUAUUCCCAAGGUUACGACGCAUGCUGUGACGGUGGAGGCCGAGGUCUUAAGGGUGUCACGGGCACUCCGCGCCUUUCAAUCGCGGUGGGCCGGUGCAGACGUCAGUCCUGCAUCUGCUCCAGAGAAUCCGCAGCUGCAAGUACGUCCAUACGUGCUGCCAAAUUCUGCUGAGAGGGCCGGGCAGCCUGCGUUGCAAGCCGAUGAAUCGAAUGUCGAAGAACCGGACGUCUUGUCGAUGUCGGAGGAGCAAGUCAAGGUGCAGCUCACUGCAAGCAUGCAAAAGUUCUUUGAAGUUCGCAGCUUGGCGGAGGGCGAGGCGUCUCUCCGCAGGCUCCCGUCGGCCCAUCGGUGGCGUCUGAUCGACAAGCUCGUCUCGUACGCUGUCUUCUCCGGGGCUGCAGAUUCCCGACUCGUCAGUGAUCUCUUCUCCCGUGCUGCAUCGGAGGGCCUAUGCUCGCCGGGUGAGUUCGACGAGGGGUUCUCUUCGACGAUGGUGACACUCGAUGUUCUUGCGUUGUGGCUGCCAAAUGCGCUCAGCAUGGUUGCGAUAUUGUUGAAGGGCACGCGAUUGAAUGAAGAGCAACUGCGCAGACUGGUCCACAAGGCUUCGAGUGGCCACUCGGAGAUACUCCUCGCUCUGCUACUAUAACCUCCGCGUAUGGACAUUGUUUGCAAAGUGACGUUCUAUAGCAGCAUAUACUAAGCUAGAGUUACUACGUGAGCUCGUGUAUGGAUAUGAUCCACGACGUCUUCGCAGAGCCAAACAUCUGUAAUAUCAUCCCUGCCCGGCCCGUAUGACGGCGCUCAUGAAACGAACGCUGUCAUCCAACCAGGCCGUGACU